UGAACCUAUGUUAAUUUGACACGAAUUAAAAAGUAUUAUAUUCUGCUUUGUCCCUGGCACAGAUAAAAGUUUUAUUAUGUACCGUUUCUUAAAAAUAAAUCAUCAAGUAUUAACUCGUCAAGUUAUUCUCAUAAGAAGUCCUUUAUCUUUUUCAAACUAUUACAGUACCAUGGACGAGGCUAAAAAACGAGUCGCACUAUUAAAGGAAGAUCCAGGAAAUGAUGCAAAAUUAAAACUAUAUGGACUUUUUAAACAGGCUACAGAAGGAAAAUGCACUACAAAAAAACCUGGUAUGUUUGAUUUUGUUGCACAAGCAAAGUGGAAUGCAUGGAAUGAACUAGGUAAUCUUUCAAAAGAAGAAGCAGAGAAACAAUACAUAUCAUUUGUUGAUUCGUUAGUAGGUCCUGUUAAUGCUAAUCUUGCAAAUGAACAUACUGAAAACUCUACUACAAAGAAAGAACCUACUUCAGAUAGUAUAAUUAUUACAAAAGAAAUGGGCAUUUGCACUAUUAAGUUUAAUAGACCCAAAAAAUAUAAUGCUUUAACUAUUGAGAUGUACAACAUUGUAACUGAUACACUAAAUGAAGCAGCCAAGGAUCCUUCAAUUAACUUGGUGGUGAUCACAGGAGAGGGAGAUUAUUACUGUAGUGGCAAUGAUCUUUCUAAUUUUGCAAACAUUCCAGAUGGUGGUGCCAAAAAACUAGCAUCUGACAGUCGCAAGUUACUAAAAGGGUUUGUUGAAAGUUUUAUAAAUUUUCCGAAGCUUCUUGUAUGUUCUGUUAACGGACCAGCUGUCGGUAUUUCUGUUACAUUAUUGGGACUUGCUGAUCUGGUUUAUGCAGUCGAGAAUGCUACAUUUCAAACUCCGUUUACUACUCUGGGUCAGUCACCUGAAGGUUGUUCCUCGCAUACAUUUCCAAAAAUUAUGGGUUAUGCUAAGGCAAAUGAGAUGCUACUUGCUGGAAAAAAAUUAACUGCACGCGAAGCUUUCGAUAGAGGUCUUAUAUCUGAAGUCAUCCCACGCGCAGAAUUCGAUAAAACUGUACAAGAAAAAAUAAAACAUCUAGCCACGUUACCAAACAAGUCGAUUCUCUAUUCUAAAGCUCUUAAUCGAAAUCGAGAAAAAGAAACACUUUUAAAAGUUAAUGACGAAGAAUGCGUUCGUUUGGAGGAAAGAUGGCUUUCAGAUGAGUGUAUGAAUGCGGUUAUGCAAUUUCUGUCGAAAAAAUCGAAAAUGUAAAAAUCUUUUAAUGUUGUUUUUUAUAAGAAUUAUUCAAUUUAAUUA